CGCAAAGUAUUUUCAUUUGAUAACAAAACAAAUAGCGAAUUUACGUUGAAACGUGAUAAAAGCAGUGUUUCGAGUCAGAAUUAGUUAAAUAUGUUUUCUUCUCUAUUUGGUAAACGAAGAUCAUCUCCGGUAGAGGAUGACGCACCGCCAAUACCGGGGCCAAGGAGUGACGAUGAGUUUGAGAUUGUGGACGGUGGAGCAGCUUCAAGAGGCGGCUUGUAUCCUAGGGUGAGUGGUACACCAGGGCCUGGAGUACCUCAUCCUCAGCGACCUGCCCCUCCUACGCCAAUCCCAGCUUACAGACCUGCUCUGGACCAGACGUUUCACUACCUUCAGGGCGUGCCUUUCACAUUGUCGAAAGAACUAAGACUGGCUUCAAAUAAAGGAGCAUUUACAACGGAAAUUGGAGAUUUAUUGGCGUUCCUCACGACUAAACUCAAUGUAUAUGAAUAUGAAUAUGAUUUUGCAGUGGAAAAAAGUGUAUUGAAGGAGUGUUAACAGCUUCAAUGAUGAGUCAUUACAAAAUCGUGAACUUUAUUUUAUGCUAUGUUAUCAUGGAAGUGUAUAGAGAAUUCAGAUAAUAAUGGUCAUCAUUUCAUUAACAAAAAUUAACAAAACGUCACUUCUCUAACCAGACAUUUAACUUUAUUGUAAAAUCAGUCUAACGAAUGAAAUAUACAAUGUAUCU